AUGGAGAACACUCCUAGUUCUGUCCACUGGUCGGAGCUUCCUAUGGACAUAUUAAGAUCUGUGUUCGAACGUCUAAGUUUUGUCGACUUCAACCACGCUAAGAACGUGAGCCCUAAUUGGUAUUUGUGUUCGAAACAAACGUCGCCUCGAAUAGAUAAAUCUCCAUGGCUGAUGCUGUUUCCACAUGAAGGUGGUUGUGCACUGUACAACCCUAAUGAAGCUAGGGUUUACAAAACCAAGAGAGACUUAUCAGAUAUUAGAUUCUUGGCCAACUCAGGUAACUGGUUUUUGGUUCUUGAUUCUAAACUCGAUCUCAGUAUCAUAGAUUUGUUUAGCGGGAAAAAGAUCCAUCUUCCACCUCUAGACUCGCUCAAAAGUGACCAAAGGAGACUUGGAGAUAAAGAAAUCAUGAAUGUGGAAGAUCUAAGAGGUCUUUUGUGGGUAGACGAGAAGAAAGAAGAGUACCUUGUUGUGUGGUACUUGAGUUACAAGCAUAAAGCAACUAAGUUUUUAGCCUUUUGCAAGAACGGCGAAGAUCAUUACCGUGAGGUUCCAGAUUGGAUCGAGCUACAUCUACAAAACAGAGCUGAUGUAGUACUACUACGUGGUGACAGUAUUUACAUCUCAAUGACAAGUACUCUGGCUUACAUUGCAAAACUUGAUUUGUCUGGACAAGAAGGUUUCAAAGUUGUGGUCAAGAUGAAACUAUUUGUACCUGUUCUUCAAAGAUGUCUUCAUGAUUUAACAUAUAGCAGUAACGUUGCUAUUACAAUAUCAGGAGAGGUUUUAUUUGUCGUGAGCAUCUGUAACCAAAGAACAAUGCGUAGGACCGUCCAUCUCUACAAGAAGUAUGAUAAUCUAAAACCCGUGAGGGUUGAUUCUCUAGGUGACGAGGCCCUGCUUUUGGAUUUGGGUAUCACCGUGCCUGCUGACCAUAACCUUGGUAUUGAACCAAACUCCAUUUACUUCACUCGUAACCGUGGCUGCGAACGUUCAUGCCUGGACAUCAGUGUGUUCAAUCUAGCAACAAAGACUAUCAAACGCUUCCCCGAUCUUGGUCCGUCCAACAACUUAAACUUCGAAGAUGCUCGAUGGUUUCUCCCAUCUUGAUUUUUUUCAUUCCUUCUGCAUUUUGGUGUUCUUGAUGAGAGAUUUUUACCCCUAUUCUAGCUCUUUGUUUGAA